AUGGCAGGUGUCACAGUGGGAGAUCAGAUGAAGUUGCUGCAUAACUGCUGGAGUGAGCUUCUUGUGCUGGACUACAUUGCCAGACAGUUGCAUCAUGGGAAAGAGGACAGUGUGCUUCUCAUCACUGGACAGGAGGUUGAGCUGGCGUCUUUACUGGCCCAGGCAGGGGUCACUCUGAGCGGGAUGAUACAGAGAGGUCAGGAGCUGGUGCAUCGUCUACAAGAGCUUCAGCUGGACCGCAGAGAAACCGCCUGUCUCAAAUACCUCAUCCUCUUUAACCCAGACGUGAAACUGUUGGAAAACCAGCCUUACGUCGAGAGCGUGUACGAGCAGGUGAACGCCGCGCUGUUGGAGUACACACUGUACGCUUACCCUCAAUUCCCGGACAGGUUUAGCCAGAUCCUGCUACGCCUUCCCGAGCUCAGAGCGCUGAGCGCGCAAGGCGAAGACUACCUGUGCUACAAACACCUGAGCGGAGAGGUGCCCUGCAACAACCUCCUCAUAGAAAUGCUACACGCCAAGAGAACCUGCAUAUGACUCAAACGCACACUCACACACACAACAGCCUGAUUCCUUCGCAGAUGUUUCGCAGCAGUCAUCUCUCUCACACAGAAAACCUCAUCAACCAUGCCACUGUGUUUCUGAAAGAGGAAGACGGGAGAUGUCAGUGUUAGUGACUGUGUUUAUAAUCCACUCUUAAAAAUAAAGGUUCUUUAUUGCCAUUGAUGGUGGUAACAACUUUCCAUUACACAACUUUUCUUUAUAGUGGGAAAAAGGUUUUUUUUUAGGAACUGUUCACUGAAAGGUUCUUUGGGGAACCAAAAAUGGUUCUUCUAUGGCAUCGAUGCAAAAAAACAACUUUUGGAACCUCUAUUUUUAAUGUGUAUCGGGUGCUGCAGGGAUGACAUGUUUUUUAAGGCCAGCCCUGAGGUUCGCAUCACCUAGGUUCCCUUGACAAAAACACAUUAGGAUUUUUCCAUUGGCUUUUGGGUUAUUGCACAAAAUAAGCUCUGUGACUCACACAAUUUAGGAUCCUUCCAUGGCUUUUCUCAUCAAGAUAAUAUUCAGAAAAUGAACAAGUCUAAACACAAUUGCUUGAAGUAAAAAAUCUAAAUGUGGGCUGUAAAGGAACUACACCAAGGUCGCAUGACAUUAACAUCGAUUUGAAUGUUUUGCUAGCAAUGUCAUUAAGUUUAAUUAAAAAAAAUAAUUUAACUUAAUGGGAUAGUUUACAUAAUUUAAUUAAAAAAAACAUAAUCUUGGUUACGCAAACA